AGGAUUAGUGUUUCCAUGGUAAUCAACAGGUAACACACUCUGUCCAGGCACUAAUUCGAGAAAUCAGUGCAGGAUGGAGCAUGCUAAUGAUUGGCCUGACAUUGGACUUCCAAGGGUGAGACGAAGCCCAAAUGAAAACUGAGUUGGCGAAGACGUUAGAACGAGCGUCGAGGAGUGCAGGACGUGUUCGCGGUACUGCAGUGCUCCGACACUUUUCAAGAACAUAUUGAAGUGAAGGAGGUGCUGAGCCGGGCCGCGGCGACUGGGCCAAUUCUUCUUUGCUGAUUUUAGGGAGAGAUGGCUGUCGAGGAGGACAUGGAAGAUGUGAAUAUGAACGAGGAGGAGGAGGAGGAGGAGGAGGAAGAAGAAGAUGAUGAUGAUGCGGUCGAAGGGAAUGAAGACCCGGGAAAAGCAUUGGAGCACGAAGACAAUGAGGAUUCGAGCGAUUCGUCCGAUUCCGACAGGGAAGAUGAAAGUUCUGAAGUUAUCCAGCAGCUGGAAAAUGCAAUCGCUGCAGAUCAGUACAACUACGAAGCUCAUGCCACGUUGAUUUCUACUCUGCGAAAAUGCGGUCUGUUGGAAAAGCUCCGGGCGGCAAGAGAGGCAAUGAACGUCCAUUACCCUCUCACGCCUACAAUGUGGAGAGAAUGGGCACAAGAUGAAGCCCGUUUAGUAGCCGGGCAAGAAGACGUAGCUGCUGUGGAAGCACUCUAUGAGCGAGGGGUCCAAGAUUACCAGUCAGUGAUGCUUUGGGUGGACUACCUCGAGUUUGUGGCGAAGCAUGAUGAAAGUUCUGGACAGCCGUCAGUGGAGAAGCAUGCGAAGAAGAGGCGAUUAUUUGAAAGAUCUCUAGCUGCAGUAGGUCUUCAUUAUGCAGAAGGUGGUAAGAUCUGGAAAGCAUUUCGUGAAAUGGAAAAGAGCUUGCUGCAAUCAUUGGACGGAUCCGAGAACAAAGCCAAACAGCUAGAGAACAUCAGGAGUUUGUUCCAUCGGCAACUUACUGUACCAGCAGCGGAUCUAGCUGAAACUUUGAAGGAGUUCAAAGAGUGGGAAGAGGAACAAGGUGUUCAUAUUGGUGAUGAAAGUGAUGAAUUGGCUGGAGUUCCAACCCAUGUGGCCUCCGCUUACAAAAAAGCUUUGCUGGUUUCGGCCAGCCGUGAACCUCUUGAAGAUAAGAUUGCUAAGGACCAAGCUGGAAGUACCGAGCAGCUACAACACUAUAUGGAUUACAUUACAUUGGAAGAAAACACAGGGGAGCCUGCUCGAAUUCAAGUCAUUUACGAACGCACAAUUACAGCAUUCCCUGUAAAUCGCGAUGUCUGGCUGAGAUACACCGACUAUUUGGAGAAGAACUUGAAGGUUUCUUCUGUGCUCAGAGGUGUUUAUGCCCGGGCGGUUCGAAACUGUCCGUGGGUAGAGACUCUGUGGAAAAAUUACCUCCUAACACUCGAGAGGUCCCACGCGCCCGACAGCGAAAUCGCUGCAGUCUUUGAACAGAGUCUUUUGGGUGGAUAUCAAACCCCAGAGGAGUUGCUGGACUUACAUCUUACUCGUGCUGACGGUAUACGCCGGCGUAUCAUGAGCAUGGAUGAUAACUCCGACAAACAAACGUUUGUUGCUCUUUUACAUGAUACAUUUGAUCGUGCUUCGCAGUAUAUGACCUCAGUAUUUCCAGAUUACGUGGAUCGGUCGUUAACACUUCACGCGUACUGGGCUCAGACCGAGGCUCAUCUGGCGAAGGACUUAGCCGCAGCCCGUGGUGUGUGGGAAAGCUUGAUCAAAUCAAUUGGUUGGAUGACUGAGGUUUGGCAAGGCUACAUCUCGAUGGAGCUCUUACUCAAGAAUAUUAAGGAGGCUCGGUCGAUUUACAGAAAUUGCUACAGUAGAAGGCUGGAGGGCAACGGAACCCAGAUAAUGUGUUCUGCAUGGUUACGUUUCGAACGAGAGUAUGGUACCCUUGAAGACUAUGACAGAGCAUUGACAAAGGUGGCUCCACGGCUCGCCGAGGUCCAAGUGAUGCAAGCUCAACAGGAAACUACACCAUCACAGCCUUCACCACAAGUGAACAAAACCAAAGAGCAGGCUGGAAAGGGAGUACGAAACAGUAAUCAAACUCCGUCGGAGUCAGUUGCAGGCAAGAGGAAGCGUGGAUCUGGUGACGACAGUGGAUUUAAAGAGCCCAAGCCUGUUCCGAAACGCCCAAAAGCUGGUGAAGAAGAUGAAACUUUGAAGAUGACUAAGCAGAAAGGGAAGACGAAGAAUGGACCUGAACCUUCAGCAAGCAGUUUGAAGGACGAAGCAGUCACGAGACAUGCUUCUACGGAGACACCUAAGCUAUAUACUGACGAAUGCACCGCUUUUCUAAAGAAUUUAUCUUUUGAGAUUACACCAGAUGGGUUACGAGAAUUUUUUUCGUCUGGAUCCGGAGUCAAGGAAGUGCGUCUGUUGAGGGAUAAAGUAACUGAUCAGCCUCGGGGGCUGGCAUACGUGGAAUUUGAAGAUGAAGAAUCUUUAGCGGCUGCUGUCGCCAAAGAUGGCCAGGAACUUGGUGGAAGAAUUAUACGAAUUGCCCGAUCUGCGCCUAAAGCUGGUCGAGCUGGCUUUGGUGCCCGGGGCGGAAGAGGUGGUCAUCCCGGUCGCCGUGGUGGUCGGCAUGGAGGUGGUGGACGAGGUGAACCAGGUGAUGAGAAUGGGAGUAGCGGACGAGGUGUGCGACCCGGACUUGGUCACCACCGGGGUAAAGUAGCUAUCACAGGUAACAAUACUUUUGCAGUUCCAAGAGCUGUGUCUCGACCGCUUGGAUGGGGUGCUGGCCAGGCAUCUACCGGGGACGAAGUUCCGAAGUCCAAUGACGAGUUCAGGAAAAUGUUGUUGGCCAAAAAGUGAUUCAACAUACCGUUACGGAACUGGCUAAGAGAAGCUCUUGGUUGCAAAUUCUUACGCAUUUUGUAUGCACAUUCUUCUAGGUUUAGAAUGGCGUGAGAAUCUGUAUUGAAAAGGAAGAGCAAGUCAGUUUUGUCAGUUUCAACCAUGAUGGACAAACCAUUGUUAUAUUACCCAAAGAGAAGUCCUAGGCUUGGUAUCGGGAGUACGUUUCAAAUAAAAGAUCACAGAAACUUCCUUUUCCAGGUGAACUGAGCUAGACCUUGGCGCAACUAGAGAACACAGAUGUACUAGAUGAGGGAAAUCCGUCUGCCUGUAACGUUUCAAGCAAAAGUAACUGCUGCUGAAGAGAGUCGAACUAAGAGGAGGAGGUGUCGUAGGCAUUAAUUUGUAAACCUGCUGUCGGAUGUAGAUUGUAAAUGAGGAGCCUUUUAUCUUACAUGUACUCUUGCACACUAACUGGAAGAAGUUCAACCUUGUCCUCUGAGCUUCCACGGUCUUCUCUGUGGUUAAAGCUGAACGUGCUUGAU